UACAGUCAACAAGAGGUCACUUUGCGCCAGAAAUACACUCAUUACUGCUCCUCUGGAACACUGCCAGCCAAAAUGGACACCACAAUGAGUGAGAACGCCGAGGAGCGCUUCAUCACCGACAACUCCAAAUCCACAAAACCACAGCCGAAGCAGCAACUCUCAAAAGCAAUGGAGCACAUGCGCUUCGCCGUAACCGUCGACCCCAUACCACGUUCCUUGUCAAGCUCCACGCCCACAUCGCCGCCUCGCUCGGACACGAAUACACCGCAGCCCACAGCUGAACCCGAGAGCGACGCAUACGGCGUCCCCGCGUCCAUCGGCCCCAUCCGCAAGCCUGCGCACCGCUCGCACUCACCCACCAACAACCAAAAGCGCAGCGACCCCUUCGCCUUUGGCUCGCGCUUUCUCGAAGAAGGCGACAACAUCUUCGAGUUCAACGCCUGGGACCACGUCGACGUCGACCCCGCAUACCAAACCUUCUCCUCUGAGCAGUACGAACGGCAGCGCGCAGAACCCGUGUCGGACUUCGACAAGAAACGCUUCAACGACAAUCCCGAGAAGUGGUGGAACAUCUUCUACAAGAACAAUAAGACGAACUUUUUCAAGAACAGGAAGUGGCUGGCGCAGGAGUUUCCGGUGCUGGAUGAGGUGACCAAGGAGGAUAGUGCGCCGGCGGUGGUGUUGGAGGUUGGUGCUGGUGCGGGUAACAGCGCGUUCCCGAUUCUGCAGAAGAGGAAAAACAAGGGCUUGAAGAUACAUGCGUGCGACUUCUCGAAGAAGGCUGUUGAGUUGAUACGGGGACAUGAGUUGUACGACCCAGAGUUUAUACAGGCGGACGUGUGGGAUGUAGCUGCGUCGCCGGAAUCAGAAAACGGAGGCUUGCCACCUGGAAUCACAGAGGGCAGUGUGGAUGUCGUGCUCAUGAUCUUCAUCUUCUCGGCGUUAAAUCCGAAACAAUGGGACCAGGCGGUGAAGAAUGUAUGGAGGGUGCUCAAACCUGGCGGGCAGGUGUUGUUCAGGGAUUACGGAAGGGGCGACCUGGCCCAGGUGCGAUUCAAGAAAGGGAGGUACAUGGAGGAGAACUUUUACGUGCGAGGCGAUGGUACACGGGUUUACUUCUUCGAGAAGGAAGAGCUGGAGGAGAUAUGGGGCGGCAAAGAGCGCUCGUCUCUGCCAGAGCCGGAUACACAGAGCGGCGAGCAAACCAACGGACAGGCCGAGUCGGCACAACAACUAUCCGGUCUGCAAUUUGACAAGGAGGCCGGAGCUUCGGGAGAAAUUUCGGAUGCUACGUCCCCACGGCCCAAGUUCGAGAUCGUACAUUUUGGCAUCGAUAGACGCAUGCUCGUGAACCGGCAGCGGAGACUGAAAAUGUACCGCUGCUGGAUGCAGGCUGUGUUCCGGAAACCAGGACAUCAGAGCGAGGUGCCCACGAGUACGUUGAGGCAGGAUAAGGAGAAAGAGGGCGGCGAGGGCGAGGGCGAGGGCGAGGGCGAGGGUGAGGGUGAAGAGGCAUGAAUUCUAGAAAAAGCUAGUGAACAUUUGGAGAGAGAGUAGGCGUUAUCCAAUGCUCCUUCCCUCGGAGGACUCACCUUUCGCCAAGGUUCGAGCCAACUGUGUUUGCAUCGAUAUUUAAGUUGUCAUCUUUGACAGCUCCUACUACGCGUUAAGUCAUGCUUCUUUUCUUGACACGCACUGUCUGAUCGCAUUGUGCCUGCGCGUUUCCGCACGCACCGACCAACCGGAGCACGUUGACGUCUCAUCUGAUCUCGUCGACGUCCGACACUGGAUUACAGUUUAAAUGGAUGAUACCUCUAGUAGGUAUCGAUUCGACUCUGGUGCCCUGGCAGAAGAUCUCAAUCGAGACAAACAUAGUUGAGAACUCGACAUUGUGUCACGCAAC